AUAUAUAUUUUAGUCAGUGACAUUUCCUUCUGACGUCUACGACGGCGAUCACGACCACGACAUUUAUUUAGCCUUUUUCUGUAGUUAUUUCCGUGGAUAAAAUCGCAUUUAUUAUUAUUAUUUAUUGGUAAAACCAUUUAAUUCAUAUCCAGGGAGCCAACUACUUGAAAGUUAGAUGACAUGUGUAGCCGUUUAGUAAUACGAUAGCAUUUCAGGCUGGAAAAUAACCCGUUAAACCAGAGAAAUUGUUGAGUUAUCAGAAUCUUUAUGGCAACAGAUGUAUCAAGGCUGGCAGCAGCGUCACCCGUAUCAUUUUUGCACCCAUGGUUGAAUACUUCCUGGAAGCAUUAUGAAUAGUGACCCCAUUGUCCAGUUCUUCAUUAUAUUGGUCCUUGGUUUGUUGCUAUGGCAAUGCGUCAUAAUGCAUGAAUUCAACAUUUUUGUACAAUCGCAACCGUUGUGACGUUGUUCAGUAUAAAUAAAAUAAACAACAAGUGUUGACAUUCCAAAGAGGAGGGAGGCGCCGGCGAUUUGUAAGCACAAGCUGAAAUCAAUGUUCUGCAAUUUAAGUGCAUGACUAUACGGUCUGAAGAUCUGAAAAUAACGGUGCUUGUGUGUGCAGCUGUGGCUGAAAAGAUAUAAGGACAUUACACUGUACACUGCUCAAGCAAGUCAGAUGAAAACAUGGACAGAAGAAGACCAUUAUACCCCAAUAUGGACAGUUUCCCAGCUCGGAUAAGCUACCAGUCCAGGCAGAACACUGACAAUCUCCAAGAGAAGAACUGGAGCUUGGAGAAAGAGAAGGUGUAUGGACAGGAUUUGGUCCAGAAUGGUGGGAAGACCACUAGGGAACAGACCAGCAAUGGCUUCGUCAAACAGUUGUCCAUUAAGGAAAUGAUGUCAUCCAUGAGCCAACAAAGUGUGGAGAUGGAGGGAGAUGAAGUAAUGACCAAACUGCGCAGGCUGACAGCAGAGAGGGACAGCCUGCGGGAGCAUCUGAAGACUUCACAGGCCUUCCAGGAGCGCACCUUGAGUGAACGGAUGUACCUCAUAAAGCGGGUGGAGGACCUGCAGGGCACCAUUCUCAGAAAAGUGGUUGUCUCAGUGGAGACUCCUGGUGGUGAGUGUUACUCUUUGCCACACUGCUUUCAGCUGGACCAGGAGCACAGUGACUACACGAGCAAGCAGUCCGCAAUGGAGGAGCACAUGCUGAGUCUGGAGGGGCAGGUGCACACCUUGGAUCGCAAGCUGAAUGCCACUGAGGAGGACCUGAAAAAGGCCAAGGCAGAGUGUAGCUCACUGAGGCAGCUGAAGACUAAGGCAGAGAAUUCCUUCAGUGACAGGCAGCGAAAUCUGAUGGCCAUUAUCAGGGAGCUGCAGAACGUUGAGGAAAGAAAAAAGCAGCUAGAAGAGAGGAAUGAGUCACUGUCCAAACAGGUCAGUUGUCUCACUGAGGAUGCACGUAGCUUACAUUCUGCAGUCUUCCAGCUCAACCAGGACAAAGACUUUCAGCGGAAACAGUUGGAUGAUAAGGAGAAAACUAUUGUAAAUCUGAAGCUCAAGGUGGAGCAACAAGCGACAGCAACAGAGAGUCUGCAGCAGGUCUUGAGAGGCAGAGACCAGGAGCUGGAAGCCAUGAGGAGGAAUCUGACUGAGGCAGUGGAAAACCUGAACACUGCUAUGAGAGAGAAGGAAGGCAUUCUUCAGACAAAUUCCCAACUCAGAGAUAACCUGGACAAAGCCUAUUUGGAUCAAAAGGCCCUGCAGCGCAUUGUAGAGGGGUCCAGCCAGGAAAUGGAGGCCUUGCAGAAAAGGCUGCAGGAAUACAUCAGUGAGAGCUCCAACAAAAACAAAAUCAUGGUGUCCAAGGACAAAGUAAUUGAACGUCUGCAGCUAAUGGUUGAGGAUCUGGGCGAAACGACAGAGAGCCUACAGCAGGGCAUGGACAGAGGAGAGGAAGAGAUGGAAGCUGUGCAGAGGAAAUUAAUGGACACAGAGGAAACCCUGGAUAAAGUACUGAAAGAGAAGAAGUCCAUGCUGGAAGUAAAUGAUCAACUCAGAGAUAACCUUAACAAGGCCCAGCUGGAUAUCCAGGCCCUGCAGAGUAUGAUAGAGGAGUCAAACCAGGAACUAGAAGAGCUGCGAGGGAAACUGCGGGAUUAUAUUAUGAACAUGUCCUGCCUUGAGGAGCAGCUGUCCUACAAAGACAAAGUUAUUGAUAGCAUGCAGAUGACGGUUGAGGAGCAGGACGAAAUAACAAAGAGUAUGCAGCAGGCCAUUAACAGAGGGCAGCAGGAUCUGGCAGCUGUGGAAAGAAACCUGAGUGACUUAGAAGAAAAACUAGACUUUGUUAUUAAUGAGAAGGAGGCCAUGCUGCUAGAAAACAUUGAAGUCAGAGGGAACCUGGACAAGGCCAGUUCAGAUGCCCAGGCGAGUGAGACUGUUAAAGUAUCCAAAUUUGUGUAAUACAUUGUGCAGUGUGAAUACUUUCAAUUGUCUGGAUAGUUGACAGAUCAGUUGAUUCUGGCUU